GCUGUUAUUGUCAAGAUGGCGCAUAACCUGGCAGAAUUAGAGGUCCCAAAGGUAGUCGAACCGAUCGGGGACCGAGGAAAAAGUGUCUUAAGGCGAUGCAGGGGGAGACCCAGGCUAACAGAGUCAGACCGAGCACAGCGACGUCUUGAAUCCCGAAAGAAGUACGACAUUCGGAGGGUAUACUUGGGGGAGUCGCACAAGCUCUGGAGUGAGCUCCGAAGGCGCACAAGUCUGAGUGAUGCUGGAUUGGCAGCAUAUUUAAUCGUGCUCCAUUCCACAUUUGGAGAGAAGUAUCAACAAAAACACUCAAAGAAAACCAUUAUUCCAAAGGAUUCAGAGGAGUCAGUACAUAAGAGAAAAGUUAAGAGGGAGCGUGUGUCGAGUCUGCAUAGCCUGGUGACUUGGUACCAGGACCACUUGCGUUCCUGCCCUCAUGAGCCCCAACUCAGAGCUCUGGAGCACCGGCCCAACUUCUCUACAGCUGCCAUCUGGCAAUGUGCCUCCAACCAUUCAUUUGUCCAACACCUUUUUUCCUCAACGAGGGAGACAAGUGACUCUGAGCAGGAGGAGAGAGAAAACGGAGCGGGCAAAGAUGAAAAUGCUGCGAAAACAGACUUACUGGUGGCGAAAAGGUUAUCAAGCCGAAAGAGAAAAACAAGUCCCCUGUUAAAAGAUUUAAGAGAAUCAACCACUGCUUCUGAGGUUCAGCACACAAAUGAGCUGGAACACACUGAAGCAGUCACACACCAUGGGAGUGUGGAGACCUCCUCCAAUGAUGUCUCUCUGACUGUCCCGCCUGUGUGGGAGAUGGUACUGGAGCUACCACAAAGCUCCCCUGAAGCAAUGUUCCACCCCCUCACCUCAGAAGAGGAGACAGAGGACGUGAGGCGAAGCCAAGAUGAAAGUGUAACAGAGCAAGAAAUUGGCUGCGAUUAUGAGUGUGUUAUUGUAGGAACAUCUUUGGCUGAAAAACUAGGGGAUGAGAAUGUAGGAGAUUCCUUCCCACCCUCCCAGCCAGAGCUGUUGGUCUCGUCUCAAGUUCAAGCAGAAGAGAAAGGGGAACUUUUUGACCCGCACACUUUGCCGACGGUGGUGACUAGCUGUGAGGUUGCUAACCAGCAGACUGCUUUAGAAGGUUCACAGCUAAUUAUCAUAACUGGCCCCACAUAUGAGGCUCUUGCGACGCAUGGAAUUCAACUUAAAACGGGUGCCGGGAAUGUGGCGGAAGAUGCCUGCACUGUCAUCAGGGACAUCACCUACAACCAAGAACCAGAAUCAAAACUCCAAGCAACAGAUGAGGAACACUGCAUGACAGAAUUAAGUGACAAACAGUUGCUACAACCCGCUGUCGAUAAACUAAAUAGCGGCAACGAAUCGCAGAGGACUCUCACCAGGUCAAAGAGAAACCGCCGAGGCCCAGUUGUUGAAGCCGACGGGAUGCUCAAGAUGUUCCAUUGUCCGCACGAGGGCUGCAGUCAAGUGUAUGUCGCCGUUAGCAGCUUCCAGAAUCACGUGAACCUAGUUCACAGGAAAGGCAGGACCAAGGUUUGUCCACAUCCAGGCUGUGGGAAAAAAUUCUACCUGUCCAACCACCUACAUCGCCAUAUGAUCAUCCACUCAGGUGUGCGAGAUUUCAUCUGCGAGACGUGUGGGAAAUCAUUUAAGCGUAAGAAUCACCUGGAAGUUCACAGACGGACUCACACGGGAGAAACACCUUUACAAUGUGAAAUCUGCGGCUACCAAUGUCGUCAGCGUGCGUCCCUCAACUGGCACAUGAAAAAACACACCCCGGAGGCCCACUACAACUACACGUGCGAGUUCUGCGACAAGCGUUUUGAGAAGUUGGACAGUGUGAAAUUCCACAAGUUGAAGAGCCACCCAGAGAAGCUGUCCUCCUGAGGUGAUCACACUGUGGCUAAAAGCAAAAAAGACUCUUGGGGGAGAUUCGUUUUGUUUGUCAAGACGACAACCGAGUGACGUUGGUGUGAACGGCUGUGCGGGUCACAGCAAAUUGCAAUCUCGAUAGCUGCAAAAAUCGAAGCGCUUCCAAAUUAUCCUAUUCUUUUUACCCAUUACAUAAUCUUAUUUAAAAAAAAAAAAAAAAAAAAAGCCUUUUUGCUCCACAUAUGGCACAAAAAAAUGUUCCUUCUAUUUCAAGUCCAACAGUUUAAGAGGAAAUACGUAGAGUGCUAUUUUGCACAGUGUGUAAGAUUUGACAAAAUUGUGAACAUCUCUUGACCGCAAUUCAUUUCACGCGGGCUGGCAACUCGGGGUUUAGUUCUGGGGUUCUAAUUAAUAUAUAUUUAUUUUCAGUUUUAUUCACUCUCCUCACCCUCAGGAAAUAAUUGCGUGUCCAUUUGUGUCAAUGUUUUAAGCCUGCUGUACAGUGUGUGUUUUGUUUUCUAGACAAAUGCACUUUUUUUUUUUUUUUUCUCCCCCGUGUCAGCUCUGAUGAAUCAUUAAAUUCUGUGGGCCCCGUUCUUUAA